GAACAUGUCCAACAUGUGAUGAAGAGCAUAAAGGAUAUGAUGUGGAAGGUCGGUGGGGUGAUGGCAAUUACUGUGGCGAAAAAACUUAUUGUCUCUAUUGUCGUAAUAGAACUUUUGGUGGAAUCCCGAUAGUAAAUGUGAAAGCGUAG